AUGCAACAUUUUCUUGCUUCUCUUUUUCUCCUGGGAUCAAUUUGUCAUGUUUUGGCUCAGUGCACUGUCCCAGCCUCAGAGUUUCAGCUGGGGGGAGAUUACUUGAUUGGUGGAAUUUUUGAUAUUCAUCAUGUCAAUGCCCCUGCUUUCAACUACAGACCAGAAACUAUCAACUGCUCCAGUCAACCCUUCCUUCUGCCAAAUUAUCGGAGGUUUCAGUUGAUGAGAUUUUCUGUGGAGGAAAUCAAUAACUCAACAAACCUAUUACCAAACAUAUCUCUUGGCUAUAAAAUAUUCGAUCACUGCUCAGAUGCACAGACUUUUCCAGGAAUUUUAGAUCUCAUCUCGGUCAAUGGAUUGAUCCAACCUUGGGUUGAACCACAAAAGCAACAAACAAAUCAUUCUGAUGAGUCCAAAGUGAUAGCAGUGGUUGGUCCUUUUACAAGCACUCAGGCCCUGACUUUUGCUCCAUUAUUUAUGUCCGAUUUCAUUCCUAUGGUCAGUUAUGGAUCUACUAGUUCUGUCUUUUCACAAAAAGCAAAAUUCCCCUCUUUCCUACGAACAGUGCAUCCCAACAAAGAUGUCAUAGAAGUUAUUUUUAAAAUUUUGGAGCACUUCAACUGGCGCUGGGUUGCUUUCCUAAACAGUGAUAAUGAUUUUGGCAAUGAUGGACUGGAAAUGUUCAUUAAAAGGAUCAAGGAUACUGAAAUCUGUCUAGCGUAUGCCAAAGGCCUCAGCAGCACCACAAAUUACCCUCAGAUAUUCAAGCAGAUAGAGGCACAGAGGAUAAACACCAUCAUUGUUUUUGCUCCCAAAAUGACUGCUGAAGCUCUCAUUGUGUCAGCAAUACAACUGAAUGUCACACAGAAAGUGUGGAUAGCAGAUGAUGGCUGGUCCUUAAACAAGCGGCUUCCCAAGGAGGAAGGAAUAAAAAGUAUUGGACAUGUACUUGGAGUGUCUCAACCAGUAGUGACAAUACCUGGAUUCAGGGAUUUCAUCUAUUCUACUAAAGGCCGGAGACAUUUUGAAUACACAGAAGCAAAUAAGUUUUGUAAUCAGGUUUGCAACUGCAACAGCAUCACAGCUGAAGAAAUCAUUAAUAGUGACCCAUCUUUUUCCUUUCCUGUAUAUUCUGCUGUUUAUGCCAUCGCUCAUGCCUUGCACUAUGCCUUGCAGUGUGGUGUUGACCACUGCAAUCACAACAUUACAGUAUAUCCUCAUAUGGUCCUCACAGAGCUGAAGAAGUCAAACUUUACACUUUUAAAUCAAAGUAUCAAGUUUGAUGAGAAUGGUGACCCCAAGUAUGGAACCCUUUCUAUAGUUUUCUGGAAUAACCGUGGUGAUGCAGAGGAAAUUGGCUUUUAUCAUUUUCAGCCGUCUGUGAAUUUCUACAUCAACAACAGUAAAAUACAGUGGAAUCCAAGUGGAGAAGUGCCUUCUUCACUCUGUUCUCCAGAGUGUCCUAUGGGUCAUGCAAAAAAACAAAAUGGAAUCCAUAAAUGUUGCUUCACUUGUGAAAUCUGUCCAAAUGGAACUUAUAUAAACACCACAGAGCCCUUUAAAUGCAUCAGGUGUAAAGAAAACGAAUGGUCUGCAGAUGGAAGUACAUCAUGUAAUCUGCGAUCAGUGGAGUACAUCCCAUUCACAGACAGCGGGGCCAUACUGAUGAUGGCCGGAUCCUGGGCUUUGAUGGUGCUUUUACUAGCCAUGUCUGCCCUCUUUGCCAUCAACUACAACACCCCUGUAGUCAGGUCUGCUGGGGGACCAAUGUGCUUCCUCAUUUUAGGCUGCCUCAGCCUCUGUAGUCUCAGUGUAUUCUUUUACUUUGAUAAGCCAACAACUUCCUCUUGUAUUUUUAGGUCAUUACCAUUUCUCUUGUUCUACACUGUUUGUCUUGCAUGUUUUGUGGUGCGCUCUUUUCAGAUUGUUUGCAUUUUCAAAAUGGCUGCCAAGUUCCCAAAACUCUACAGCUGGUGGACGAAAUAUCAUGGACAGUGGCUGAUUAUCACUGUGGCAUUUGUUACUCAGGCAUUCUUACUUCUCAUUGCCCUUCUAUGGGCCACCCCAAAGCCCUACAAUGAAACAUCUUGGUCACAACAACAAAUUGUUCUUAGUUGUGACAUUAAAUUUGAAGCAUUCUCCGGUUCAGCUAUUCUACUUGUAUGUUUUGGCUCUCUCUGUUUUGUUUUCUCCUACAUGGGAAAAGACCUCCCCAAGAAUUACAAUGAGGCCAAAGCAAUAACCUUCUGCCUGCUUUUGUUGAUCCUCACCUGGAUCGUCUUUGCCACUGUGCAGGUGCUCUACCGAGGCAAGUACAUCCAAACACUAAACGCCCUGGCAGUACUCUCCAGUCUCUACUCCUUCCUACUGUGGUAUUUCCUCCCAAAGUGUUACAUCAUCAUUUUCCAACCUCACAAAAACACACAGCAGUUCUUCCAAGGUCUCAUUCAGAAUUACACCAAAACAAUCAGUCAAUAG